AAUUCAAGCGUGCGUUAACGCAGCGGCAAUACGAAAUAGGCGUGAAAGUGCUUAUUUAGUGAUAUUUUAGUGAUGUGUGAUGAUGUACUCAGAUUAUUCGACGAUAUUUUGAAGAGCAAAAGUUUUAACUCCUGGGACGUAUUCGAGGAUGCUUUCAAACAGUUUAACAAAGUUGCACAAACACAUUAUGUUGUCAGAAGAAGUCGUAUUGACAGGAAUAAUCCUAUUUUGAGAUAUGAACGGGUGGAUUAUGUGUGUACAUUCGGUCAGAAAAGAAGAAGCCGAUCAGAAGGAGUCAGACCUGGACCACCUUUUAAGUGCAUGGGUUGUACGUCAAGUUUCAGUGUGAACAGUGUCAACGGAAGUCUGGUUGUUGGUGAUAUGAGGGGUGAACAUAAUCAUCCUUGUACACAAGAGUAUAUGAUGGUUGACCAUAGCAGACGUAAUCUCUCGGGAAUGCAGAGAGUCAUAGUUGAUAGUAUGGUGGAAUGUAUGAUUUCAACUUUUGAAUUGAGAAAUACAGUAUUAAUUAAAUUCGGGAAAUAUAUCAGCCGACAAGAUAUCGUUAAAUUGAAACAGAAGAUGACCGCAGGUAUGGACAGUAUGCAUUCUGUUCUGCAAUUAUUACGGUCGACAGGAGAGGUUAGAACGAAGAGUUCCAAUGGUCAGCUUGAUGUCAUAUGUUUCAGUCUGCACGAGCAAAUAAAGUUUUAUGAGUCUUUUCCGGAGGUAAUAUGCAUUGACUCAACGUAUAAAACGAAUAAUUUGGGAUUCAGUCUAUUUCAAUUAGUUGUAACUGACGGAUGUGGAAAGGGUGCAAGUGUAAUGUUUGCUUUUUGUCGGAGGGAAACUGUUGCAGAUAUUACACACGUUCUCAGGAUGUUUCAGUCCAUUAUGGGAUAUACGGAUGGCACUAAAACAUUUGUUAUGGAUAACUGUCAAGCAGAAAUUUCUUCGGUGAAGGAGGUAUUCCCUCACUGCCGAAUAAUUCUUUCUUCAUUUCACGUGCUUCGAGCCUUCGGUCGCAAGGUAUUUGCGUAAUAAUAAUUCCUACUGUGUUUUUAUUCAGUUUCGUAAUCCUGAACUACGUUAUGCACUGGAAAAGCUGGUUUCCACUCGGAUUAGACCAAAGUUCUCAUAUUUCUAUUGUUACAUCCGUAAUUCGUUCCCCCAAGCAUACAACUUUUUAAGUGGGCAUUGGAUUAACACGAGGCACAUGUGGGCUCGGUGUUUUUUCAGAAAAGCGCUCACUUUAGGCAAUCACACUAACAACAGGGUUGAAAUUGCUCACAGGUACUUGAAGCUGCAUCUCCGAAGAAAUGAUCCCUUGUUGUUGACCUUAUGGAAAGUUCAUCAUGUGUCCAUAAAAAAUUGGAGACUUCGGUCGUACGAUACUCUAUUUAAAUUACAGAAAUUUCGUCAGUUCAACGUAAGUGUAAAUUUUCUCUUAUACUAUUUUAUAGGUUCCAGAACCAAUUCAAAAGCAACUGGACAAAUUAACACCGUAUGCUGCUAGGAUUGUCUACCAGAGUUAUGGACGUAUUCACAAACUCAAUCACGAGUUAAUAAGCAGCAACAUUAUUGAUUGUUUCGAUGGAAUGCAGGACCACAUGGUUGAUACUUCCACUGGAGUGUGCACCUGUCACCACUUCCAUGAUUUCCGUCUCCCUUGUUCACAUGUCCUGUACGCCUACUAUAAGGGAUUGUUCACUGGAGGUAAGAUAAAUUGGUGUAAUACUUACGUAUUCAAUUUUAGAUCUAUUGCAAUACAGCCGUAGGUGGAGUAGAGAAUACAACCUUAAUGUUACCACGAGGACAAUACAGCGAGUUAAUAUUACGGAAUCUGAUGUAGACGAAUAUGCUCAACGAGUGUGGCAGUGUCUUCAACGCCUAAAGAAAAUAAAUGCAGAUAUUGCGCUCGAUGUCGUAUCCAGACAUUACAAUGAAUGUGAAAGCAUUCUCAAUGAUCUGCUUCCGUCUGUUCAGUCGAUGGAUUGUGAAUAGUCAUUUCCAUGUUAACACAGAUGUUAACGUUUUGUGCAAUAUGAAAUUGAAACAGUACUUCUGUGAUGAAUUCAUUUUCAAUCAUGUGCAAUUCAAAAGGGUACAGUUAGGAAAAAUUAACAUUAAAAACUUUUAAAGGUGGGUAACACAUCCAUACACCUGUCGACAUUUUCCGUAUAACUAUGUUUAUUUGUAAGCGUAUACAUGUAUUUCAGAGUAACAAAUGUUUUCAACUUAGUCAUAAAUCCGUUGGUUGCAUUAUAUUUGCAAUAUACGUCUCAAUGGAAGUGAGAUUCUAAGGUACUUGAUUUAUUAUUGUUACAUUGCAUAACAUUCAUUAUUAUGCUUACGUUUAUUUUAUUACAAUUUGCAGUUCAUCAUGCGCAACAGAAUUGCUUACAAUGUAAACGGAGGGCUAUGCCGGCCUAUAUAACCGAACUUUGGAAAUUUGGAGACUUGGUGCCAUCAAAUUACCCACUAGAAGUCGACGUAUCAGUUUUACCUUUUCUUAUUAUGUACAUAAUCUAAUUGUGCAUUGCAAUAAAAAUAA